CAUUACUCAGCUGACAGUCAACAAAUGUACAUACACACACAGAUAACCUCUGUCUAACAUACUGCCUUAGAAGUUUAAAAGCAAGAAGUAUUUAUAGCUAAACAUCUUAAAAAAGAAAGAAAAAACCAGCCAGAUAAUACGAGUAGACUUUUCGAGACUGUUCGCUCUGUCUACCCCAUAAAGCAUGAAGUCGUGCUUAUCAGUAUAUAUGAAAACAAGUGGUUUAACUCACUGUUAAACUUAAACAACUGACCGUUACCUUGACACAUUCGUAGGCACCUCGUGGACGCACCUGCCAUCACACCGCAGUCCCCAUAUCUGUAUUUAGUUUGUGGCAGUCCCUGACAGUUAAGUAUAAGAAACGCUAGUGUAGAACGAUUACUGAGAAAACAGAUGCAAAAACAACUAAUAUGAGGUUCCUUUACAUCAUUACGAUAAUUGGAUGUGCAGGUGCAAUUCAAAAGACUUCGCAGUCACUUGAAAAUGAUGGGUACGUCAUAAGUAAUGAAUUAGGACGAGCAUAUAAGACGAUGUAUCUCGCUAGAACAUGGAAUAACGCAAAACGCAUGUGCAUAGUUCAAGGAGCAAAAUUGGCUGUGCCUAAAACAGAGGAAGAGUUCAAAUUCCUACAGCAGUUGGUGCGCAAAAUGGAAUACAAUGAUAUAAUUGGCACUGAUUAUAAAUUGUUGGUGUGGGUGGGUAUCAGUAAUAUAGCUAAUUACACCAUGUGGGAAAACGUUGACGGCCAAAACAUAAAUGACACCGGAUUCCAUAAAUGGGCAAAGGGCAACGGAGAAACUUUCAGUGACAGCGAUUUGGAGCCACGCUGUGUGGGUAUAGACGCGAUGAACGAUGGACUCCGCGACUUUUGGUGCCACCAUCAUCAGCCCUACAUUUGCGAGAAGACUGUAUCUUAAGUUUUGAAAUAGUUUUAACGUCGUCUACUAAAUUUUAAUCUCGUCGGCUUAUUGCUAUAACUCUUAUAUAGUGUGAAAUUUCAACAAUCUAAGUAUAAUGAGUGAUUUGGUUUUAGAAUUCCGGAGGUAAUUUGUUGCAAUGAAAACAACAUUAUAUAAUCAUUUUCUUUAUUUAUUCUCAUCUUUAACAUCACAUUAAGCAAAUAAAAAUCACAUGGCAAAGAAAACAAAUAUGUAGGAAUAAAAAAACGAUGACCAUCUCAUCAUGGUACCUCUAUACAUUGUAAAUAAAAUUAAUUAGUACCACAGAAUAAAGGCUAUAAUGGAACACGUAACACCUAAUUAUAUCUAAUUAUAUGUACCUAAACUUCUUUGUUUUGUGUAAACUUUCUGCUUAAAUAUAAAAAAACCUACCUUCCUUGAUAAGUAGGUAGUGCUAUAAUGUGACAAGGCUGUAGAAUAGAAAUAACUCGUUUAUAAUCAUUCUAACCGCUUUCUCCCAAAGAUUAUGUUAAAAUUCCAAUAUAAAUGUUAAAAGUCAAAUUUUCGCCAAGCGGCCCAAUAAAACUUGGGCAGAUUACGACAAAAGUUUUUAAUUUAAUCCUAGAUAUACGUGACGAAUAUAAUCUGUAA